GUUACUGACUGUUACUGGGUAAGGGCGGAGGGAGCUAACGUAUCAGGCGGAGACUGAAAGUCAGCGCGACAGUGAAAAUUUACUCCAGAGCCCAGAGGAGACUGAGAACAGCAUCUCAGAUUUUUAACAUCUUGUAAUUUACCCUGUCUUUCCUCUCUAUUUAAUUUUCCCACUUAACGUCGAACACCUCGAGCCCUCCAAUUUACUUAUCAGGGGACCUUCUGUAAUAGAUCAGGCAGGAAAAUAGUUAGUCCCCUCUCUCUCUCUCUCUCUCAUUGUUUCAGAGCUCGAAGAAGCUUCAGGUAAGAAGAGUUGCCGUUAGCUAGAGGAAUACGUGAAAUCGAUGGAGAGGGGGAGAUUCAGAUCCGCGGAGAACUUUCUGGUUCUUGGGUUUCUCUUUAGCUUUCUUCGCCAUCUCUCCGCGCUUUCAAUUACUGUAAACGACGUGGAGUGCGUCUACGAGUACGUGCUUUACGAAGGAGACUCUGUUUCUGGCAAUUUUGUUGUUGUGGAUCACGAUAUCUUCUGGAGCUCAGAUCAUCCUGGCAUCGAUUUAACUGUGACAUCUCCUGCAGGCAAUACAGUGCACACUUUGAAGGGAACAUCAGGAGACAAAUUUGAGUUCAAGGCUCCACGAAGUGGAAUGUACAAAUUCUGUUUUCAUAAUCCUUAUUCAACUCCAGAGACUGUAUCGUUUUACAUACAUGUCGGUCAUAUCCCUAAUGAGCACAACCUUGCUAAAGAUGAACACUUGGACCCCAUAAAUGUUAAAAUUGCUGAGCUGAGAGAAGCAUUGGAGUCUGUUAUGGCAGAGCAAAAGUAUCUGAAGGCACGUGAUGCUCGUCAUCGCCACACAAACGAGAGCACUCAGAGACGUGUUAUCUUCUAUACAUUAGCAGAGUACCUUAUGCUGUUUUGUGCAAGUGGAUUGCAGGUGGUGUAUAUUCGCCGCCUGUUUAGCAAGUCAGUUGCUUACAACAGAGUUUGAAUUCAAAUACCCUUACUAAUGUUACUUGUCUUAUUAACCGUAGAAAUUUUCAGCUAAAUUCUAGGAGUCUUUCUUUUUGUUAUUUUAUAAACUAAAGUCUUGAGUCAUAAUCUUUUUUCUAUUCCUGUUUCUCUAGUCUGUACUGUCCCCUGCAAGCUGUAAUUGAUUGAGAAGAUUUUCUGAGACUCCCUUCUGUAACAGUCACAAAUGCCUCAUUUACAGGUCAUAAUGAAAAUGAAAUUUAGAUUAAGAACCGGAAAGAGAAAAGCGGCUGAUUCAUUAGCA